AUGGCACUGUCGACUGUCGUCAGUCUAACCUGGAUUUUAUUCUCAGUUUUUUCUUUCGUAAAGGCGGCGCAAAGUAAGUAAAAUCAUUAUGUUUCUUUCUCUUAAGUACGUGUGUGUGUUUUACCAUGGGAUGUAAACAAUGGUUGCGUGAAUUUUAAACGUGCGUCUUUCAUUUAAAUCCAACAUGUUUGCAUUAAAAUAGAACGCACAAUACGGCGAACAAAACACGGUCGUUAACUUUUUUCAAACUUUGCAGAAUUUGACUUUUGGCACUUGCAUUAAUCGCCACUAGUGGCUUCUGUUCCCGGGCAAAUAUAUCUCUAGGAAAACUCGGACCGCGUCCAAUUUGUUUGAUGAUUUUCAGUUUGUCUGUCGGGUAGAUGUCUGCUAUCAUUUGAUCCCGGUGAAAUCCUUUCGCCAGUUGCAAAUAAUCCUUCACAGUCGCGAAUACUUUGUGGAAUUAGUUUCUUCUGAAAUUUUCAAGUAUUCUGAUAUAUGUGCACCGUAGUGCACCGUUUCUAUCUGAAAACAAACAGCGAUACACAAUGGCUUAAUUUAAACACAAUUUUGUAGGCUCUCCUAUGAUUAAACGGCGGAAAACGUUUGAAAGCUGCGUCCGGGCUUUGGUAUAAAUACAUAUUUCUCGCGUUCUGGGUUAUUGAGUGAGAAUUUCGAAUUGUGGUUUUUUUUGACGUGGUGUUGUGGAUAACUUGGCGCCGUGUUUUGGAUGUUUUGUCUACAUCUUUCUAUAGUUAAUUUGCAAGUAAAGAGUAUUUUGAAUCAAUGACCUCGUGUUUAUUUUACAAAGACGUUAAGGGAUUUCUUUUUUGCACUUAAAAACAUUUUAUACGUGGUUAAUUUCACAGUAUAACCCGUAAACAAGCGUGAAUUUUUGAUUAGAUGACCUACCAGGUAAUAUCGAAUUAUUCAUAAAACAGUAAUAACUAGCAGUCUGCACAAAGUAAUAUACUGUUAUGAAGAAUAUAACGUGAUAUAACUUGAUAAACUGCUCACGGGAGGGACUAAUUUUUGUAAGAAUUUGAACUUACUGUAAAAAAAAAUGAGCGGCAUUCUGCAACUAUAACUUAAGUUACAAAGGAAAAAGUCGCACAGAAUAUUUCUUCCAGAUGUUUCAAUUUCGUCAGGGCAUGUCAAAUUUUUAAUGAUUUUGGAAUCACUGUACUAAAAUUGUUAAGAGAUAUUUGUUUCAAACGCACACGAUGUUACUUUUUUCUCUUCUAGAAAACGCCUAGAUAUGAAUUGGAAUGUUCAUAAAAUUAUAUCAUUUCGUGUGCAAGGUCAUGCAUGGCAACUGCUAGUUAGAUGAAUAUUCUCGUUUGAAUAUAUUAAUUGGGGUACCCAUCUACAACCCACGCAAUAAACACGAGUUACAAAACCCGAAUUCUGGCCCCGUUCCUGAAAAAUGGUGACAGACAAUGAUCGAUUUUGGUCAUUUCUUUAAUACAGUAUAAUCGACAAAAAAUUUGCACCCAUUGGCUCAUUUUCGUUAGUUUUAUUCACACAACAUCUAUAUGAAUAAGAAUUAUGUAUUUGUGAGCACUGUGAAAUUAUAAUUUUAAAUUUGUCUGAAGCUGGGCGUUCUAGUGGAGCGAAAAUGUUAAAAUGCACUUUUAAAAAGAUUUCAAUGUAGAGGCUUCGAGUAAGCUAUAAAAUCCGAUAAUAUGCGGCGAGUUUCGAAAGAUAAUGACAAAUUUAUUGUAUUCACGUGAUACUGUAGAACUCCAACUACGGGAUCAAAAAUUAAUGAAAAACAUAAUUUUAACCACGUUUUGCCCAAUAGACAGUGGCUUAAUGGAUCACUCUUCUGUAACCACGAUUCUGAAUCAGUCGUCUAUUUCUGGGCUAAGCUGCACGAGAUAGCGAGGUUUUUUCGUUCUUGAUUCUUGGCAACGAUUUCUUAAUAAAAGUACGCCCGGGGAAAGAAAGACUGGCCCGCCAUGUUACACGUGAGAAUACGAGACAGACAAAAAAUAUUGAACGAGAACUUUCAAUUGCUGCAAGGGUCAAUAAAAACGCCUUCUUUUGUUUUCAAUACUUCUCUUUUCUUGGCGCCCGUUGAGUGAUCCAACAGCCAAGAACGUUACAUGUGUUGAUAAGAAGGAAAGGGAACAGAUUGAAAACUUGUCAACAUCAUUACUUAACUAAAAACAUCACGUUAUGUUUACAUCUUUCUGUUUAUAGUCCGCUCCGUAUGACACGAAAAGCUAGUAGACCUCCUAUGCCGCGAGGAGAAAAAACACUGUUAACGAAUAAAGUGCCUUGAUCUUUGAACUUAUCCUUGCGUUUCAAAGAGACUACUUAAACUUUUGCAAGUGCUUAGAGGCUGACGUCUUGCAUCAUGAGUGAUAACUUAGGCUGGCGAACAGUUCAUCGUGACGAGUCCUUCAGCAUAUAAAGAAAUAGUGAGACCCAUAAGAAUAGAAUGAGUUCGCGCGCAAGUAACACGCAUUCACUCGCUCCAGUGAAAAGUUGAACAUAUGUUCAAUUUUUUCCGGCGUUAAUAGUUAAGUUUCUCUUUUAGUCCUGAGUAAGAGUUAAAUUGUUCCUUGACUAGUCCGUGUGGAGGCAUAUAAAGCCGUAAGCCUCUGGCGGAGUGAAGAAAACGGUGGGGCCAUGGCUUUCUUGGUUAAGAUGAUCUCUUUCACACUGUAGGUUACAAUAAUAAUACAAUAACUAAGUAGUUAAAUCGAGUUUCCGUUAUAUGGACGUUUUCCAGCUGUGUUAAGUCCAUGUGAACAUCCAUAUUUAGUUUAUCCCAUCCAACUUUUUCUGUUUUAAGUAAAAAUACUGAUAAGGCGUUUAUUCAUAUCAAGUCCCACGUACAGCUGUAGCUAAGAUCUGAAUCGGUUCAUUUCCCUUUAUAAAGCAGCUUUCAUGAGAGAGCUGUUUCCUUCUUUGAUUCCUCAAAAGAGAUGAGCAAGAUGAGCCACAGUGUCGGAAAUGGCGUCUGCCUUAAUUACAGGGUAUCACUGAGCUACGCGAGGAGCCAGUUCAUCAAGUUGUUUUUCUUUUUUUGCAAAGAGACACUAUGUAGAAGUUAAGCCGAAUUGAGGCAACCUUUCGUAGUACUGCAGCGGCUCCAGCUGCCAACUUUACUGUUUUAAACAGCUGACCACCACGCUGUUCGGGUUGCUAUUUUUUUUAAAAUACCCAUCCUCAGAUUCUGAUGAUAUCACCAUCCUUCCCUUUCACGCUGUAAAGUUCAAAAUACAACUUAGAAACUGCUUGUACGGCAGGCAGUCAAUUUCGUAAGCGACAAACCAAUUCCAUGAGCGACCACUUAAACUUAACAUUUUGGGUGAUCGCGUAUUGUACACUGUAAGUGCGACUGUAAUUAAUUUACUCUCGCAAAUUUUCUAACUGCUGGGCAUUCAGUUUUUUAAAGACCUUUCUCGGCUGCCGGGCAAAUAGCCUUAGCGUAAUUUAAAAUACAUGUAUUAGCACUUGAAUUAGGCCCAAGGAGACACACUGUUUGUUCUCGACUAAGGUUGGGCUCUUAUGUAAAAGCUGCAUAUUACUUGUACACAUGAUCUGAUUGACCUGUCAAAGCUCGAUUGCAAAAUAGGCAAGAUACACACAUGUAAUGUUAAUUUGAAGCAAAUGACUUUCUAUCAUACCGAUUCGAUUAUUAAUAUUAUUACUUCAAGAAGGACCUAGAAAUGGAGACGCUUGCUUUGGAUGAGUGUGGAUUAGAUUACAGGAAAAUUCGAUCGUACAUUGCAUCGAAUGAUAGUAUUUUGACAAGCAAUUUUUGAAAAGUUCAGGGGCACCCAACGUCAAUUUUCGGAAAAUAUCUGUUCGGAAGACGAUUUGAGAUCUAGAAUUUUCGGAACAAAGUUUCUUGUAAAAUUUCUUGCUUGCCUGCCUCUCUUAGGAGAAAAGGUCACCUAGAAUUUUCGGGAGCCUUUUUUCUGGCUAAAAUUUUCGAAGAGGUAAGUUUUGAUCCCUAUAAUUUUCGGAUCACUAGACUUUCAGCUAGGAAAUCCGAACAGAUGAAAGAUUUUUAGAGAAUAAAAAUAUGCCUAUAUCUACCGUUUAAAUACUAAAAUACUUUUAACAAUGCUAUGGUGGUUUUGAACUAUAUUCUCGUUGGGUGCCCCUGAAAGAUUCAUGCCAAUAGUCGCAAAUAAGAUGACAAUAAAAAGUAACAAGUAAAGUUUGGCAAUAUCUUGUUAAGUUUGUCGUUGGUCAAACGUUCCACAAUACCAUGUAACAUUUCUUUUGUUCUUGAAAAUACUGUAUCAUUUUGUUCAUUGGCGAUGAUGGUUGGUUGGAAAUUGACACAUUGUUAUAUGCAAAAUAUUUAAGGAAGCACUUUUGACUGCAUUGUCCUGCCUUCUGCUGAACAGUGUUUCGACUCAACGUUCAAGAAAACUUUCGGUAUCUUUAUUAUUGAUCCUGUAAGUAACAGGCUCGCAUCACUCUCACUAACGGCUUUUAAGCAGCAAAACUGAGAGAAUGAUAUUUAGCGAAUUUAUCAUGAACGGGGAGUUUUUCAAUGAUGCAAUAAAUUUUUUUAGAUGUCUGCAUUUUGUGGCAAAGGUUACAUGGAAACUGGACCGGCGUUCUUAUUUUUUAUUUUUUGAGCCUGAAAUGUUCUAAUCGUGUUGUUAUAUAUUAAGUUACGUGAUAAAAUUCAGAAAACCAAUAUGAACCUAAAAAAGAUAAUUGUGCGCUGUAUCAUGCAACCUUCCUUUACUUGUUUAUGCCGGUACAAGUGGUAAAACGGAAUAAGGAUACAUGCAGCUGUUAGCUUCAGCUUUGAGUUACGUUUAGGACCGGUCCGUGUUAGCCUCGACGAUCUUAGGAAAAGGCUUCUCAUAUAGAAAAGAAGAGUGUUGUCUCACUAGAUCCGGCCCAAAACUUACUAAAUACAUAUGUUGCAAUCCAUUUCUAUUCUAGCUGAUAUUGGCAACAGACCAUAACAUUAUUAAAAAUAAUAAUAAUAGAACCGUCUAACUUUGAUUGAUUAUCUAAUG